UGGGCAAGCCGGCAAACCAGGCACUGCAGCGACAAGAAUUUGCAAGUCCAUUCAGACCAGAGCCAAGUUGAGGCAACAGAAAAGCGGGAGUAAUUUAGCAACAGAGCUUCGAAGCCAGAGCUGUUUUUUAUUUUAUUUUCAUUUGUCCGUAAUUAUAUCCCAUCUGCACUCAGAUUCCUCUGCCCGCCCGUGAGUGAAACGCGUCUUCAGGAUGAUGAUGUAUGUUUGGAGAGAGGGGGAGCGAGCGAACGCAACCGCCAAGCUGAACUGCUGAGAUGUACAUUACAUCGCUACGGGCCGCGGACACGUGAUUGGAUCAGCCCCGCCGACCACUUCGUUUUUAUUCCUCUCCCCCCCCCACCACCACCACCACUCCCUUCCUCCCUCCCUCCUUAACGGCCUUCGCCCAAUCCCAGCUGCCGAAUCUGGAAGCCAAUUGUGGCGUGCGUCUACGCUGCUGCUCUGCCACCCCCCCCCACCCCACCGUCGUUCUGAGCCCAACUUGGGGUAUCCCCCCCCCCCCCGCUGUAAUAUUUCUAACGCACUUCCUUUACCGGUGGCUGCUUGCGUGCACUAAGCUCGAAGCAGCAGCAGCAGCCAGCAGCCAGCAUCAGCAGCAGUGGAAGAAGCAAAACAUCCGAGCAAAGGAUUUCGCGUCAAGCUGAGACUCGGAGCACAACGGUGCUUACCCCCCCCCCCCCCCACGGCAUAGUGUCAUGAGAGUGUUGGGAACGCCAGAAGCUUGCCCCACCCAGAUAUAAGCGGGGUAGUUUUUAAUAUAUAUUAUUUUUUAUUACCGACCGUUUUUUUAUUUUUCUCCACCAUCACCUCGAAAACCUGCCGUUUGUUGGUUUCACGCCGGCGUGAGCCGGGCCCGUCUUCCUAACAAAAACAAAAAAGUAACUCCUUCAUUUUCGUUGGCUUCCGAGAAAGCGCCCAAAUUCACCGCACCAGCGCGACACCCCCCCGCCCGCCCGCCCGCCCGCCUCUCGAGAACUGUCGCAGCCGUCGUCCCACCCCCCCCUGCCCAGCGCCACUCCGGCCGUGCGCUCGUCGCCCGCCCGGUGCACCAAGAAGACCAGCUGUGCCGAACCCCUCUAUUCAGAGCAUAACCGACCCCGACCUGACGAGACCCCCAAGCCACGGGCCAUGUUAUCCUCACCGGCUGUGGUGCUCCAUCACUACGGCAUACCCGUGUUCGCUCAGUCCGCGCAGUGCUAUGCCGCAGCCGGGGUGAUUCAGGGCAACCAGGAACCCACGGCCCCUCCGGAAGCCAUGGCCCAGCCAUACGGUGCCACGGCAGGGCAGUACGCACCGCCGCAGAACGGCCUCCCCGCGGAGUACGCGCCGCCGCCGCCGCACGCACACCCCCACGCCCACCCCGUGCAGGACUAUGGCGCCCAGCCGUCGCUGCCCGAGCACGCCAUGUCCAUCUACCCGGCCGCGCAGCCGCACGGCGACCAGGGAGGCGCCGGCGAGCCUCCGGGGCAGCCCGUGUCAGCUACCUCCACGCAGACUGACGACAUCAUCCAGACAGACUGCACCCAGGUGGUCCCAGCCGAGAGUCCGGACGGGAAGCAACAGCCCAAGCGUCUGCACGUCUCCAACAUCCCGUUCCGUUUUCGGGACCCCGACCUCCGGCAGCUAUUUGGGCAAUUUGGUAAAAUUUUAGAUGUGGAAAUCAUUUUCAACGAAAGAGGAUCAAAGGGAUUUGGUUUCGUAACUUUCGAGAGUAGUGCUGAUGCGGACAGGGCGCGGGAGAAAUUACAUGGCACGAUGGUAGAGGGCCGUAAAAUAGAGGUUAACAAUGCAACGGCACGAGUCAUGACAAACAAGAAAGCGGUCAACCCGUACGCCAACGGCUGGAAACUGAAUCCGGUGGUUGGAGCAGUCUACGGGCCUGAGAUAUAUGCAGUGGCGGGCUUUCCAUACCCUGCGGUGGGGGCGGUGGCCGCGUACCGGGGGGCCCACCUGCGAGGCCGAGGCCGGGCCGUCUACAACGCGCUACGCCCAGCCCCCCCGCCCCCCACCAUCCCUGCAUAUGGAGGUGUUGUUUACCAGGAUGGCUUUUAUGGUGCUGAUAUUUAUGGUGGUUACACUGCUUACCGGUAUGCCCAGCCGGCCGCCGCAGCCGCAGCCGCGGCCGCCUACAGUGACAGCUACGGACGAGUCUAUGCAGCCGCCGCAGACCCGUAUCACCACGCCAUUGGCCCUGCAGCCACCUAUGGAGUCAGCACUAUGUCUUUACAGGGGAGGCUACAACCGCUUCACGCCUUACUGAAUGCAAGAGAGAUGCCCUUCCAGUGAGGAGAUGCUUAAAGGCCUCCCUGCCAUCUGAGUAUUUUUUCAAGACAAGCAGUAAUGUGUUGUACCUUUGACUAUUAUUAUUAUUUUUAUUCUGGGUGUCCUCAAAAUGUAUCGUGCAUCAUUAAAUAAAUAUAAUUCAGACAGCAGUUUGAACUGCGUGUUUGAAACAAUGUAUUCAUUCAUUAUAAGCUCAUGGGUUGUUGGCUUUUUUUACUGAAAAAGCUCGAGUGAUAUUCAACGGUGCAUAAUAAUAAUAAUGAGUCGAAUUUUAAAUAAUCACCGCCGAGAUGUUUUUUUUUUGCAAAUGGACGAGACUCUUCUCAAGUUCUGGACUCGAUGUGUGUGUGUGUGCGCGCUCGUCGCAAACGCCACACGGCAGACAUGCAAAGGUUUCAGGGAGACGAGACUCAUCCCAUAAUAAUAUUAAUUCUUCCAGGCGUGCGCGUGUGUUAAUUUAUACUGGCCUCGAUCAAACUACCGUCUGAUUAUGAUUCCUUAACUAUGAGCGAUACCUUCAACGGACACCCUGUAUUAUUAUUGAUUUUUUUUUUGUUUAUACCUCAGGAGGUUUACUCAAACUUAAAGAAUGUUUGCUCCAUUCUUUUGUGAUUUUUUUUUCAUUUUUCUUUUUUUGUGUGCGCGUGCGUGUGUGCGCGUUAACUUGAUUUUCCAAAGAAAUUGUGCAGUUUGGCUAGUUUAAGCGUUACAUGUUGUACAGUUUAGUUUUGGAGUGGUCAGAGGGAGAGUGUGUUGUCGGGGGUGAAGCCAUCCAUGAUAUGGCCUAACUGCCGAGGAAAAUAAAUCCACAACGACGAUAAUCGUUUUAAAAGCAUAUUAUAUUUAAGUCCUAAUGCUGGCAACAAUCAUGUAUACAACAAUUCAGUUUCAAGUAUUUAAGCCUGUGUAAAGCUUCGAAAUCAUUUUUCUCCCGUCAUUUUUAUUUUAUUUUUUACAUCGUUCACAAUUGUUUAUUCACACACCAAAGCUUAUUUGUCUUGUACAUAUUGUGCAGGCAGUUAACUUGUUUAUAUAUGUACUCUAACUGUAAUGUCUUGCAAAACAUCCGAGUGGCGUAGGAUUAAAUGGGGUCAAAAGCUAAAAUAAUAUCCCUAGAAUUUGCGCAAAUCUAGUAGAUACUAGGCCGUACUCCUACACAGUGCUUUUAAAAAAUGUCUUAUGUCGUAAAUUAUUCAAGCCGCUGCUGUUAUUUUUAUUUUAUUUUUUAAAUGAUAUAAUAACAGAGCCAUGGAUGAAGAGAGAAAAGAGGGGCGAAAUUAUCCUGUCGGAGAAUUCCUUCUUCUGCAAAACCUCGAUAGUAAAUAAUAAACAAAAAAAAUAUGGUUGGGAAAUAUAAAGCGUGAUCUUUGUCGAGGAACUGAAAAUACGCGAUCAGUUAAUGAGCGAACGACGUGGCGUAGAGUGUCUCUGUAGAAUAGCUCUAUAACGAUUAUAAAAAUAAAAAGUACUGUACCUUUUUAAUUAUAUGAUCCAUGCAAUUGUAUGCAAAAUUUUACACUAUAGUAUUUUACAACUUGUUGAGUGUCGUAUUUUUGGGUUGGGGUGGGGUGUCAGGGCUGGGGCGGGGGGGUAAGGGCCGGGGGGGGGGGGGGUUGGUGCCGGUAUGGGGGAGGGGCUGAGUUUGGAACUAAGGCGUUGGGGGUUGGGAGAAGACGAGCAGGUGACGCCAGGCCAGACAAAAAAAGGCCCUCAGUAUUAUUCCUGGCGUUCCCAGGUGCGGAGGUGCGGUGUGUCCCGGACCACGUUGCCGCGCACUCGAAUUCAUCGCUGCCUCCGAUAUGCUGUGCUAUCGUUCCCUCUUCCAGAAUUUUUUGAGUGUCGUGGUGGGGGGGGGGGGGGGGUUAAGUGUGGAUAUAUGGACAAGGGUUUUUGCUUUCUUCUUGCUCUUUAUAGAUUUUUUUUCUUUUCAUGAUCUCGCACCAACUGCCUGGUGUGUAAAAAAAAAGUCAGUUUUUUAGCCUCUAAUGAGCAACUGUUGGCUCCUAGCCAGCGGCUGCACCAUGCAAAGCCCAGCCAGCCUUGUGGGUUUUUUUUUUGUUUUUGAUUAGGUUUGUUGGUGUUGUUUUAUUUUGUUUCUACUGGGAGAGAGGUUGGGUUUGGAGGGUAGGGAGGUCGCGGGGUGGGGGGGGGGAAUCGGGGAGAAGUGUAAUAUCCUCUAUGUUUACCUUUCCUGUGUAUAGUAAUUGUUCUCACACGCCCAGUGCCGUAACAAUAACGUGCCAUUGUUUACAGGCUGCACCAAACCCAGAGGAGCUUUUGUCAAGUUAAUAUUGUUAAUAGUAAUAAUAACCAUGAUAACAAAUAUAAUAUAUAGCCGGGUCUCUGCUUUCUUCCCUUUAUUUUUAUUUUGUUAUUCUGUAUGCAUGUACUAUGAUCAAUUAACCAAUUUAUUAUCAAUAAAGGUAUUUCUCUGGGGAUGAGCUUGCAUGCAUCCUGGUGAUUCGUGGAUUAACAAACACACGGCACUCACUUCUUUUUCGGCCGCCAAUCAUAUAAUGUAUGGGGAUGAGGGGUAGGGGGUUGGGGGGGAAGGGAAGAAGGGUGGUGGUGGUGGGCGGCUGAAUGGGUCCCAAGCAACAGAUCUUGCCGCAAAUCCAUCCGCUCCAGAAAUUGAUCAUUGGCUGUCACUGGAGGGAAUGCUUUCUUGUCAUACAAUGGAAACCACUAAGAGAGGAGGCGCGUUGAGCCAAUACCACGGGGAGAAGGAAGGGGCCUUGACUGAGGGGUGAUCCAAAUGUGAUUUGUUUGCACACAAGGAGAAAGCUGCAAUUCCCAAGAUUAUUUAUUUCACGAGCGCUGUGCGUUGAGCAAGACAUGCAACUGUAGUGAGCCAAUUAACACGUGCGGCACUAAUGAGGAAAUGCGUCGGCCGUGAUGGGCGAUUCUCAUAAAUAGACGUCCAUACUAUAUUUAUUUCACCCUUAUGAGAAAGAGUAUUUUUUGUGAAUUGUUUUUAUAUUUUUUGUUCAAUUCGCGAGAUUACUAAAGAUAAUGGGCAUUUUGCAUAUCCUGUAUACAGAAUAUGUUGUCGGCAUUACACCAUUGCAGUCAAGGUCCCACAUUUGGAGACUUUGCUCACAACUCCUAUGUAAGUCAUCCCUUGUUUAUACGCCUGCUCUAGAUUGAUAGACAUCAUCAUUCUCCACUUGAAUGGGAACAUCCUCAUAGGUAAAACAUGCAAACCACUGAUUUAAACCAUUUUCUGCUUUGUUGUGAAUGGAGAAAAGAAUGUGGACUUUCAUUUUCACUUGUGAUAUACUGUGAGAUCUAUGGACAUCUUUUCAUGAGCAGAAGAUGGGUUUUCAGCUUUUUUGAGAGGAUUUAAAAUAGUUUGAACAGAGAUCAAUGGUGGCAGUAUAAGAAAACGCUUUUAACUGUGUGUGUAGCAGGUCCUCAGCUGUAGACAUAGUUGGGCUCUCAGGCCAGAGUUGUAGGUCGAUCCAUGUAAGCUGCGCAUGUAGGUACCGUUAUACCGAAAAAUACUGAGGGUGGUUCUAAGUUUAAACCUGCACUUUUGAAAUAAUUUGAAACUAAAGGAAACUGACCAAAACAGUCUUUUUUUAAUGUGCCCUCCUGCCACACGUACGCAUUUGUCCAAUUGGAGUUGUUGACGCCUUAACACCAGAUGUGCAUAAUUAUUUAGGCGCAUGCACGCAGCUCUUUCAGGACAUCUGCUUUCACAUUCUCGUAACUUUUUUGAAAUUACCCUCGUCUGUUUUUUAAACCUCUGCCGCCGCUCAAACGGACUUCUCUACGAGGUACACAAAUGACCAAACUGUACAGCUGACCUGCAAAUCUGAGCUGGUUUCGAAUUAUCCUUCACCAGAAAGUCCAUUGCUGCUGUCCCACAGCACGUGACUCCAAUGUUUAUUACCAUCUUGGAAAUUUACCCAGACUGCUUUGCUUUACGUGGCUGUGCGACGGGAGUUGGCAGAUGUUGCCACGACCACUGAACAAACUUUGAGCAUCAAUCUGACUAAUUAUUUUGCGUUUAUCUUGAAACGAACAAAACAUAUCCAGGUUUACCUAGAACCACCAUUUUGAAUGUUCAAGUUUAUUUUGCUGAACCAGCUGAGAACUCACGAGACCAGGACAGUCUCAUUUGCAAAAGUGGCCUGGGGCAUUAGUCUGCCGGUAGGUGGGCAGUGAUUUCUAUUGAUAGUCCCAAUUUAGUAAUUUGCGGGUUUUUUUUCGAAUUUUGGUGCAAAAGUUACGUGUUUAUGUUACAGUCACUGCGGGCGGCAACACAUUUCUGCCCACCGCCAAACAGGAAUGCUAAAACGCUCACCUCGUGCAUUUUCACGUAACGUAAGUUAACGCUUUUUGACUGGCUCUCAUUCUGCUGACUUGAGCGGUGUUUGCACCGAUCUGGGGGCGGCUGCACAUCACACACUCUUUACCUCCCCUUCUCAAUGAAUGUUUUGCUUUGGCCCAUCUAUCUUCUCUGCGCAUCAACGUUGAUAUCCACACCCAGCUAUACACGAAAAGCUUUAACUAACUGUGCAGCAGCUUGCGGCGAGAUGAGACGGACGGAGCGUUCUCGGGACUUUGAGCCGAUUGAUAAAUUCGUCUUGUUCGCAGCUUUUGGCAGAACGUGAAAUAACAGGUACAAAAAAAAAACAUGUUUCAAUCGUAUGUUGUUCAUGAUGUCUGUGCUGACGAAUGUUUUAUGAGAAGUUACAGCCUACUUACUUUUUUAAAGGAAUGCACAACCCAACAAACCAAUGGCUUUUUGUGGUUACACAUCCAAGCCCUUUGCGUCCCGGGCUGCCUGACACAAGCUUGAAUCUUCGUUAGUGACAACAACAAAAAACCCCGAGACUUUGAAAUUGCAGUCGUGCGCCACUCCGGCAUUCUAACGAUGUCAGCUCGUCUAUCGGCGCGUCAAAGUGUGCGGGGAGUGACGUUACAGCGGUGACUUAACGACACGUUCGACCGUAACUUUAGAGUCUAUUUUCUCAUUAACGAAGCUUCCACAAUCGCGUUUUGACAACCCGCGGACGCAUUGGAGGGUGGGGUGUGCUACGUAAUAAAUCUACAAAAUAAGGGCUAUUUGUUUUUUGGAUUGAAUCUUCCUUUAAAUCCAAUACGAUACGUGACGGCGGCUUGUGUUGUGUGAAAUGCAAACGAUCAGGCACAAGUUGAAAUCAGAAGAAUUAUUGUUUUAAGGAAAAAAAAUAAAAAAUAAAGUUAUCUUACGGUGCAUUGCGGCUUGUUUUAAAAUCUAUUUUAAUCGCUAAUGCGAUAGAUGGCGACGACUUGGAGAGACCUUAAUCCAGCAGUGGAUUAGUCAUGGCUGAUGCUGAUGAUGUUGAAUGUUCAGAUCAAUACCUCUGGACUCAAGCUGCCCACUUCUGCACCACAUCCACUGGCGUGGGAUAUCUCUCAGUUAUCGAUACCCACCUAACAAUGUUGUUAUUAUCCCCAAAUCACCCGUAUCCUUACAUUGCCCUCCCCCUGUUUCGAGGCUUUUACCUGUCUCUUUCACAUGUGCGGCUCUUACAUGUUGAUGUGGAUGACUUUUCUGAGCCAUUCAGAUUGUUGUAUUUUAUUCCUGCGCCCACCAAAAAAGGGAGUCAUGCUCUGUACCCAAAUGUGUGAAUUGCUCGCAAUUUGUACCGUAAACCAGGCGUGGUCAAUUUUCAGGGCAAACCAAAGUGAUCCAAUGAGAGUAGAAAACGAAAUAUGCAGAACCAUCUUUUUGUGUCUCCACGUAUAAAUAAAUCAGCAAAUGUGUUUGACCUCGUCAGCCUAUUGGCGCUCUCCUAGACACAGUGUUAUCCCGCGAUUAGCACGGUUGCCUACGUACGGUGCGAAAGAAGUUCAACAUACAGUCCAACAUACAUUCAGCGUCACUUUUGUUUCAAGCAAGCAAACUGCGUUUGACUAGCUUCAACCUACUGGGUCUCGUCAGCAGUCAGGCCUGUUUAAAAAACAUACUGCCGGAUUAGCAUGCAUGUCAUUGGCAAAAGCAUUUCUAAUUAAAAUAUGGGACUCCGACCAAUGUGAUCCGAAAGGAGGAUGUCCUGGUUUUCGAGAAUGGCUCCCCGCAAUUGAUCAAUUCCCGAUGCUUUGUUGGGGGGGUGGGGGGUGGAGGGUCAAACCCUCCGCACUCGAAACACAAACAUCUUCGUUGUCCUUCCCCCCGCACCUCCGAUUGGCACGGCUGUGGCUACGUACGGUGCGAAAGAAGUUCAACAUACACACCUGCACCGUAAUCCAAAGUAACGCGUUGCUCUCAAACCUCCCACGCCGGAGCGAGACCAUGAUCAACCAAACAGAGCUGCGUUGAAAGCGGCGAUUUGACCGUUUGGACAAACCCCGCGCGGUCUUCAUUUUCCACCGGUGGCAAUCGCCACACUGCCACGUGGCAUCUGCAGCGGACAGGACUGGGAUGGAUGCGGGGGAUAGCGCUUGGUGUUUAGAAGGUGACGAUCGUUAAUUGGGGCGGGGGGAGGGGGGGCUUGCUGCUCAGAUCGAGCGAGCGAAUACAAAAUCCGCGUGUCGUUCGUGCAGAGCACCCCAAAGUGUGGUUUAGGGUAGUUUGCGUCGCUCACCGCGACUCUUUAACUCCUACCCAACGGUUCCCCGACGUUCUCAAGCGUCGUACCUAACCUAGCUCUCCUCCCCUUCCCUUUCAAUCCACCCGCUGGAAAGAAAUAAUCCCAUCCCGUCCCGAAGCGGCGACGGCGCGCAAUGAACACGAAACGGUCAUCUUUCUCGGCAGCUAACGGCCUAUGUAAUGCGACGUCGCCGUAGGAAUUCCACCUAUCACACAUCGUGACGAUGACACACGCGUCAAACGAUUUAAACAUCUGACAGGUGUGUUAUUUUGAUGUAAAAUGUAUGUGGAAUCCCUCCCCCCUCCCUCUCCCCCUCCCUCCCUGCCCCCUCUAAAUGGCGUAAAAUUGUUGAUAAAAUCGCUUACGAUUUCACUCACUCACUUUAUGUUAAUCGCUAGUAAUGAAUCGCACCCCCCCCCCUCCUUCUCCCCCCCCCCCCAAUUAUCCUUCAAAUCGCGGCGUUGAACGUGAGAAGGGGUAAUCGCCACCGCUAGCGCGCGUGAGUUGCGUGAUGAAAGGGUUGUCCUUUCAGCUUGAUCUUCGGACUGUAAACACGGCAGAGGACUCCGGCGCAUGAUCGCUCCGCGGCGCUUGCGUUCGUUUUGAUCUUCAGCCCAAGCCACGGAAGCCGGUUCUUCCCCUCCCUUGUUCAGCCAACAAGAAAGGUGUUAUUUAUUUGUAUAGAUGUGAGCUGUUUUUGGGGGGUUGUUUAUUUCGGUAAUGAUUUAAUUUUCGUCGAGCUGCAUUGCAAGACAGUGAUGGUUGAGGCCGCUUUGUCGUACAACAUAGUGAAGUCACGAAACGAAUUUUCGCCCCCUCCCCCCCCAACGUGUGUUGAUAGCCCCCCCCCCGCCCCAAGCCUUUCCACACGCGUAGCGGAUCACGCCUUCAUUUAGAAACUGCUGGUGCUUUUUAAGGUGUCCCACGUGCUGUUUUAUAAGUUACAAAUUUCUCUUCUUUCUUCAACCACCUCGUCUGUCUCCUGCUCCUCCUCCUGCUGUGGCUGAGAAAAACGUGUUUAGGGUAUUCCCCCCCCACCCAACUCCCCAGUGUAGCAUCUGAAGCUGCACAGUUUCGUACAGUUGGGGAAAAGUGUUUCAGUUGCUUUUGUGUAUGCUUUGCCCGUGUCUUCAAUCUGUGCCAUAUCCUGCAGUUGUUCCUGUCACAGGCAUUCAUUUAGCCAUUCGUGCGGUAGUAUGCAUAGCCCAGGUACAAUUUACAUUCGGAUACCUAUUAUCGUUUGAAACGAAGACAUGCUCCGGAAAAUAAUUUUUAAAAAAAUCUGGGAAAAUAUAUAUACAUAUAGCAAGGGAAACAAAGCAAAUGAUUUGUAUACAAAGAUGUAUAAUUAUAUAUAUAUAUAGUGAAUCCACCCACAACACAGUGUUGACCAUGGAGUUGUUUAACCAUACUUCACUACGUUCUUCAGUGCGGGUUGUUCAAGGAGACGCCACCCAAGGACUGAGUUCAAGCAUCGCUCGCCACUGACGGUGGUCGUCUCUGAGAAUCAAACUCAACGUGGCCGGGUUCAUUGGUGUGUGCCACCGUUGCCACCAAAACCAAGCCACGAGCAUGUAUAAUAUUGAAAUUCUGUAUCGUGCACACUGCAACCAUUUUUCUAACAAUUAAAAAGUUCAAGUGUACGUAGAAUUGUUAACCUGCAAAGUAUAUCGAACAUAUCAGAACAUGGGCUAUAUUAAACUUGUAUGUAUUAAUCUAAAAGCAAGUAAACCGCAUGCCAAGUUGUAGAAAGACAAAAUUGCAGCCGUCAUUGUGAUUCUGUUACUACGGUUCGUAUUACAUGAAGAAAUGAAAUCUCAAAUGUCCACCUUUCCACUCACACACCAUGGCUGGUAAUUCAUCACAUGGAUGCAAUUAAAAUAUUUUUUGAGCUCACACACACACACAUAAACACACGCAUCGGGUUUUUUUGUCUCUC